AUGAGCGAAAAAUCAGUAAGUUCCAAUAACAGAACACGCAGAACAGUUGUUGUAUUGGAUAAAAAGGCAUUAUGGAAGGGUGGUAUUGUUCCUUAUGAAUUUGACUAUGUAAUUUCUGGAAAACAACGGAGAAUAAUUAGAAAGGCGAUGAGGGAGUGGGAGAAAUCAACAUGUGUCCAAUUCGUCCCAAUUGAUCGACAGGUUUACCAAAAAUAUUUACUGUUCACUAAAAGCGAAUUAUGCAAAUGUUGUUUUGCCGACCAUGGGCCGAAAAUUUUAUAUCAAACUAUAAACUUAGUGGACCAAUGCUACCAUAGAAACACUCUUCUUCACGAAUUGGGACAUGCUCUUGGAUUCCUUCACGAGCAUAAUCAUCCGGAGCGUGAUCAACACAUCAGUGUCAAUUUUUCUAUCGUCGAAAAUGAGUGUGGGAAAACUUUUUUUGAGGCUACUGGUAAGUUUGAACAAGUAUCCACUGAUUCAAAAAGUGAUCCCGAACGAUGCGAAUGGAGAAUCAGAGCUUCUGGAGGCGAAAAAAUUACACUUAAAAUAAAUUCUCUGAAUAUUCGCCCGAGUUAUCUUUGCUUACUUGAUUAUUUAGAAGUUAGAAACGGACUCUUGUCUGACAGUCCUGUUAUAGCACGUUACUGUGGGAUCCUCAAUGAUGCCAAAAUCAUAGCCAGUAAUUUUUUAGUAAUUACUUAUAUCAAAAUGUCUAUCUUUGGACCUAGUUUUUUUACGGCAGAGUAUGAAACCAGCUGUGAAGAAACUGUUUACCUUUAUAAUGAUACUAUUUAUAAUUUGGAGUCGCCAAAUUAUCCAAAUUUUUACAUGCCGAAUAAAAAAUGCCAAUGGUACUUUACUGCCCCGGAAAAUCAUCAGAUAUCGAUAAAAUUCAAUGUUUUUGCGCUUGAAAAAAGUGACAAUUGCAUAAAAGAUUUUAUUAAAAUAACAGAAAGCAACAAAUCGAAAAUUCUUGGAGUUUAUUGCGGCUUAAUAGAUUCAUUGUAUGCUUAUUUCACGGAUAAUAAAUUGGAAGUUGAGUUCUCUAGCGAUGGAACGAUUGAAGGUUCCGGUUUCUCUGCUGCUGUGAUUACAAUCAAAAAAUAG